UAUUACUAUUAUAUUGUUAUUACUAUUCUUAUCGUUAUCGUUUCUUUUAUUCUCAUUAAUAUUGUAAUGCCUUAUUACUUAGAAAUUUUGAUGAUAAUACUUGAAUUAAUAAUGAUGAAAUUCAAGGCUCGAACCGUAUCACGACAAGCACUUUCGUUACGACGAUACGAGAUUCGCGUAUUAAUUCAAGCAAUGACAAUCUCAUUCUUCAUUGGUUUUGUGACGUUGAAUUGGUAUAAUUUUGAUACAUUUUUAUUAUCGACUAAAUGGAAUUUCUUCAUCGUUAAUUCAAUGUGGAUCUUGAACUGUGGUAUUAAUCCGAUCCUUUAUAUAAUUCUAAAUAAGUUUGUUCUUGUUCUUCUUAUCGUUACUUUUGUUAUCAUUGUUAUUAUUGUCAUUAUUGCUGUUAUUAUUUGGAUUAUCACUGUGCGGUCAUUUGGGCCCUGCAAAAUUGUGACACCAACCCGAUUUAGAGCAGUUUUCACUGUUCAUUUUCUAUACGUGAUGCGAAUGGACUCUUAA